CAAAAGAGAAAGAGACCGUUGUUCUUCUAAAGCCUGUUAGAAGCAUCGUGACCAUAGGGACUUUAGCGAGCCCGAUAACACCAGCCUUCAGGACAAAACACCGGAAUAUCACUAGGACGGUUAUUCGCGCCGUCGAAGGAAUUCGCUGCUUUGUCGAUCUCAGAAAACGAAAAUAUUUGAAUGCGAGAUAAGGUCUGUUUACGCAAGGAUUGUCAAUCGGUAAGUAAACGGACGUUGGUUAACGUAACUGGACAGGUUGCUCGCGAGAAGCAGACGAUGUCGCCAUUUGACAAACACUGCAGCCUGGCUAAGGCAGGGGCAAGUCCGCACUUCGUAAGUUUGAUGUCGAAGGAAACCUGCUGGCUGCAGGGGGCAGCUCCGGACAAUACGUUGCUUUCCCUCUCUGUCUGACACGCGUAGUACAGUGGCGCAAGUGCUGUGUGUAUGUGCACAGGCCUCGGGAGUCGCCAGCCAUCCAGCCAGGGACAAAUAAUAAACAAAAGGAGCUGCGAGACAACUCUUUCUUUGCCCUCUCUCGACGAAGACGGGCUAACGCGCAGUGCAGCGCAGCAUCGUGUCGCGUGCGCAGACCUAUUUCUCUUGUUCGCUGAUAAUGCAACGAGUUGCCUGCUUCCACUAAGAGCACCGAGUUGUGCUCACUUCGUGCUUUUUUUACUCGUUCACAAGUGGACACGCAUACGUAGAGGUAAGAUCGUGGUCCAUCGGCUUUGCCCUUAGCGUUCCUUUUGUACUCGUACCUCUUGUCGUGAGCAUUAAUCAUUCGCGAGAUUAGUGCCAUUCCACGGAUGCUCAUGAGAAGAACUAGCGUCCGUACAAGUAGCCAAUUUAUUGGAGGUUAGGUCAAAGCGAUCAGAAGAGAGAGAGAGGGAGAGAGAGCCAACGAGCGAGACGAAGAUAGAGAAAGAGAGCGGAUCAUCUUCGGCGAAGUUUUCAGGUUGUCUCAAGAUGAGCGAGGGUGCACCUCCAAGGACCAAGCGCAACGGCGCCAGAAGCUUCAAGAAUCCACCCCAGCCUCAUAUGUGUAUUAAGGACUAUAUCAUGGGCUCAUCAAUCCCUUGUUAUAUUAACGUUUUAUCUUGGGAAAAAGUUGAUAUGCCCACUAGUCCAAACGAACCUCUUCCACUGUAUGGUGGUAUGCCGCUCACUCCACCUAGAACUGAAGACAAAAAUACUAAGGUAUUUGCAGUUAUUGUCCAUCCUGAAGUUCUCAAGCAGCGAGGAAAAAAUGCCCAGGAUCAAAAUGAGCAAUCAAGUCUUGUAGACGUACUACUAGAUUUCCUGGAGUCUACGAAUAAAGGAAUAGUAUUCAAACGUAUUUACACAAUUUUAAAAGAUCGAGAUAUCACAGGAGAACUGAAGGAAGUGUGGAUUUCUGUUCAAAAUCAGAGAGAGCGAGAAGUAAAUCAGCAAGAGACGUGGAUAGAUGGCCAACCUCCUAUACCUCAGUAUACACAACCAGUCGAUCAACAACAGCAGCAACAACAGCACCAGCAGGUCCAGGAACAAUACAAACAGCAAUUUCAACAUCAGCAACAGCAAUUUCAACAUCAGCAACAGCAAUUUCAACAACAAUUACUACACCGGCAGCAACAAUUACAACAGCAACCACAAAUCCAAUUACAACCUCAGCAACUUCCGCAACAAAUACCUCAACAAGUACAAGUAUCAACAGUUCCACAGCAGCAGAUCCAGCAGAAUCAGCAGAUGUUGCAGAAUUCAUAUAUGAUGUCUCAACCACCUCAGUAUCAACAUAACAUAGUUAGUAACUUAUCAAGUAAUGAUUGUUCAAACUACGAUAAGUAUGGUUAUCCACAACAGAAUCCAGUACCAGUGAGUCAAAAUGAACAAGCUUAUCAGCAAAAUCCUAUGCUAGUACGCACUUACAAUAAUGGUAAUGGCUCGCGAAUUGACUCGGACCGCUUUAAUUACCGUGAAAGAGGCAGGUCGUUACCCCAGCAGCCAAUGCCAAAACAACUUCCACCUCCUCAACAACCACAACAACAAAACUGCCCUGCGUAUCCAGCUUCGCAAUACCAUUUUCAACAACUGCCCAGGCAAAUGAUGCCUCAGUAUGUUAACUCCAAUAUGCCUCCAAGCUAUGGUGGUCAGAUGAAUCCCAUCCCUGCAAAUCCCUACAGCGAUUUUAACAUGAUACAGCAUAAGCACAUGUUACCUACGGAUUUUAAGCGACGCCAUUUAAAAUUGGAGAGUCAAAUGCAAGCGGAGAUUCAUAGAAUGCAGCAGCAAGAACAGCAAAUGCUUGGACCACCACCCCCGCAUAUACAGCAAUCCGCAUCACAGUAUCAAUCUACGGGCAUAAAUGUCGUAGAUCCUCCCCUUGUGAAAUUCGUCAGAAUGUACAAGGGAAACUCGUACGGAAGGAAUAACAUGUCAACUUCAAAUCGUAAUAAUGCACCUCCACUGAAGAAAAAUAUGGAAAAUACAACGAAGCCGAAAUCUCCAGUGAAGGUUCUUCAAAGAGAUCAACUAUUGCAAAAUAAGCAUAAUAUUUCUCAGUCUUCUCCAGAGAAGAAUUUAAAGAGUUUGGAGAAGACUUUUGAUGGAAUUAACGAACUCGAUAAUGUUCAGGUAACGGAUCUUGACGAGGAAGAUCCAAAACCGAAAGAGAUCGCGGAGGUGACGAACGAGGUCAGCCCCAAAAAACCAGAAGCCUUAAACUAUGCUGCCGCUUUAAAAGAGUUUAAAGAUCUCACGGAUCGUACAGUAGAAAGUAAGAGUUCACCUGUAGAAAAUCCCAUGCCAUCGUCUUCCGAAUCUCAUAUACAAGAAACGAAAGAAGUGAAACAGCAAUAUCAUAAUCAAAAACGAAGGUCCAUUAAGACAGUUCUCAACCGAAACAAAGCUGGUACGAAUGACGGAAAGGUUUGGGCAAAAGAUGCUAACAAAAGUAUGAAGAAUGGCAUGAAGACAAGUUUCGAAUUUGUAACAAACUUAAAUCCAGUUGAAAGGCUUCAAGAUAAAGAUGUGGACGAACAGUCAAAAGGAUCUCAGCCUGACGUGCAGGCAAGUACGGGGUGGAACGGUCACGUUAAACAAAAAGCAUCGGACAGUCCAAAACGUACCCAGUCGACUGUAAACAGCAUUAUUAAAAUAUUUAAAAUUCAUCAAGGAAAUAAUGGUACCGGAGAAGAAGUUACAACUAACAAGAAGUUUAAAUCGAAUGGACAAAUAAAGACGAAUUCAAAGAUGACAGUUAAUGAACAGGAAGAUACUAAUCAAGGUUACACUAUUCUUAAGAAGUCAGUGGCAACAGUAAACACAUCUGACGAAGUAGUGACCGAAAUCGCACAGUUAUCUAUUCAAGACUGCAAAGAUACGGUAGAGAAAAAUGCCGUUCUUUCGUGAUAAGCAUAGAUUAAUAAGGAAAACAGAAACAAAAUUCAACAGCCUGCUAAUAAUAAUCAGAAUAAGAUCAGUGUAUAUAGAUAAGUUAACCGAUUAAGAGAAAGUAAUUUAGAAAAUUUUCAAUUAGCUAUUAAGGGAGAGGAAAAAGUGUAAGAACAGACGACUAUUCCAGAAUCCGAAAUUGGAAUCGUCGUUGUUCGAUUCUUCUUCAAUGCGACUGAAUUGAAGGUUAAUUUAUAGGAUUUGCUGGCGAGGCUGUGAAAAUGUUUAAGGUAUUCCUCGAAUGGAAUCACACUGAAAUUAUAAUAGAUAAAUAUGGUGACCGAGGGAAAUAAGAUGGUGUCCCAUUGAAAUUCGAAUUCAUAAAUGAAUGCUUAUAAAGUGUGGAAUCACAUGUCCUCGCGCGAUUGAUACAAACCUAUUUUUUCAAGUGAAUACAGCUAAAAAAGAUUAAUAAAUAACAAACUCUUGUUAGUUUUUGCGUGAUCAGAAUGGCUUCGCUGGGUUGCCCUUUUAUGUUCCUACGCUGAGUACGCACUGUGAAUGAUUAAGUACGCUAGACUAUUAAAACAAUAAUAAUUAACUUUGGAUUUGGAAGUUGGUUGAAAAGGGCGCUGUGUAAGUAAAAAUUUACACUUAUAAUAGACAAAUAAAAAUGCUGUCACGAGCAUUUGAAAUCACACAGCAGAGUAACACACGAACGUUGUUUAUUAUUAUAAACGCUAGAAAAUUCCAAAGUCAACGUACGUCAUUUUGUAUGAGUAACCUCACAAUUACAUAAGUUAAGCUUUGUAAAUGGCAUUCAUCAUAUGUUCUAUAUUGUGUGGUUUCAGUUCGUGUCAGCUGAUAAAACACCGUCAAGCGAAAGAAAAAAAAUGAAUCAGCGACAAAAUAUUUAACAAAGUAAUUUUUUAAAAGUAGGAAGAGCCAACAUAACUGACGUGAACGGUGAACCCCCUUCUCCCAGUGAUGUUUAAGCGAUGUAAAAAGAUUGUAAAGCAAGCUACGUUGAAAAUAGUUAUAUACGGUUGAAUAGUGGAUGUAGAGAAAAAAUGAUGAAAAGCCAGCAAUUCGCUAUGAAUAAUUUUAUGUUGAAUAAAUACAAAUAAGCGCAAUAUAGGUACCAUAAAAUCGCAAAUAAUAGAUGAAAAAAGGCGAUUAUUAGCAAUAUCGACGAAAAAAUAGUGAAGAUUUUUAGUGCACUCCCAACUGUUCAUCGGUUGACAACUGUUUGCAUUAAAGUAACGGGUGCUUAUAUUAUUUUAAUGAUUCUCUACUUUCUUCUUGGGACUCUAUUUAUAACAAGUUGCAAGAACGCUGAUUAUUUAUUUUAUGCAACUUACGCGCACUUUGAAGGUUACGCAUUUAAACGAUUUUACUAGCUGAUAUUCAGAAUAAGUUUUUAUGUUAAAUCAAAUACAAAUAGAAACAAAGGAAUUGAAUUAUGCCGAUCGUUCUCUUUUUAUGUUUUUAUAGUACGCGGCCUAAAUUGUAAAUCAAAAAUAUAUGUUUAGCCUUCAGAGAUAUCCCUGAAAUUGGUAAAUUUCAUGAUAAUUAAACAAUAAAAUUUUACAUCACGACUGGUCGUUCGAAAUCGCGUCGACAACAACAAGAGUUUGACAAAAAAGCUUUUUGUUACAACGCAAUUAUUGUAAAAUCUGUAUAUCAGAUUGCUGCCAUAUUAUAAAUGUGUACACGUAAAUAAUGUCGUACACGAAGAGAGUGAUCAAUGUUGUUUCCUUGAACUUGAGAGUUUCGAAGGGCAAAGUAUAAGGAAUCAUAUUUGCUUGUAGUCGAGACUACUGAGAUUCUUAGUGUUCUAAGUCCGUAUAAAAUGCUUAUCUAUGAAAUUGUUGAAAUUUUAUUUUUAAUAUGAAUGAGAAUGUCUUUUAACAGCCGACGAAAAAUAUAGAAAUUUGAAAAAUGCGAUCAUACCGAAGUUUUUCUUAAAAAAGAAGAAAAGGUACUCAAAGAGAAUACGAUACGGUAUCACUUAAUAGAUAUACAUCAAUGAUUCUUGUUUUCCUUUGUAUUAUCUUGUUACUGAUCGAAUGUCCAAGUUUGACAUCUUCAAAAUCAGAUGAGUUCUGUAAUUAACUAGUGAAGAUGGCCGUUUUUUUUAUAAGCUAUGAUUUUUAGAUAGUUGGAAAUGUUUUUUACUUAAAAUUUUAAGAAACUCCCCCAACCGACAAUUAUUUAAUAUAUUUUAUCAGCGACUUUUAAAGGUAUUUUAAGCGUAAAAAAUCAGCUUUCGUUAUUUCCAAGAUAUUUGUUUUUGUUUAACUAUUUAUAUAGUUUGUUAAUGUCGCUUUUAUUAUAAGAUUGGCCUUCAUUGAAUGUCAUUAGCCGUUUAAGCUAUUUUUAUAUUGAAAAAAAAUUUUUCUUACUAAGUUUCAUAAAAGAUCUUAUGAAAUAAAAUUAUCGUAAACACAGAGCAUGGAUCUUCCUUUCUUCCCUGCCACUGCCUUUCUUCUUUAUUAAUUUGAAAUACACGUCUGAAGAACGGAACGUAUUGUUGCGAGAUACGAGAGGUUGUUGUUUAAAAACUGAUCCCAGUUCGGUAUGAAAUGAUUGUUUGUUGUGUAGAAAGACCGUCGAAAGAAAGUUAAUGUUUAGGUUUGAAAUGCGCCAGCAACGAUAUGUUUUGAUUGGUAAAUGAUGGACUGUCAAAACUGAUUAGAAAAGAGUCGGUAAGCGCAGCGAGCCCAGUUGCAAAAUUACAAAGAACCAGUGGCGUAGUUGAUUCGUUGAUAAAAUUUUUCAUCCGUAUCAACGUAUGCUUGACGUUGAAGGGUUGACUGGGUAGCGAUUCCAUUCCAAAUUGGUCACAUUGAUCGGUCCGUAUUGAUAAAUUCAGUAUUGACCUUGAUUAAGCGAGUAUGGCAUUAUCGCUGUCACUCGCAUGGAUUGCUCCAUUAGCCUAAAUAGACUUUAUACCUGAAACAUCGGAACAGAUAUACAGACAUUGGGCAUUAGUCGGCUGAAAACAGUAUGAACUUGACGUUAGUGAAAACAUCACGAAAAUGCGAUUAUUAUCUGGCUAUAAAGCAACAAUAGAAAACAAUUGGCAAUUAGAAAGUAGGACGGAGAUAAGCAAUGACGCUUUUGACGAUAUUCGAGGAAAGGACAAAGAUUAGAGUAGCGUCAUGGUAAAAAGCGGAAGUAAAGCAGUGUUUGAGCAAAAGCGGCGAGAGCGCAGAGAGCAUCGUUAGAUGUACGUAUAUCGGGGGCGCUAGCGAAAAAAGAGAGACGGAACGAGAAGAAAGCCGCGGCGUGAGCAAGCAAUCAGAAGCGUGCUGUCGAUUAGGAAUGCGCGCGCGCUGCCUGCCGCACGUGUUGCGCGCCCAAUUCCGUCACGCAGAGGCGCCUGCGGAUCCGCAUCAGCCGUGUAAUUAGACUGCGCUGAUGCGACGGCCGUCAGCAUUCGGUAGCACUUUCGACUGGAAUCGCCGACCAGCCGACCAGACGCCCCGCGCUUCCAGCAGAUAGUCGCCGGGCCAAUUCGGCCAGGCGACGUUGCAAAAACGAGCAUGCGGCUGUGGAGUAGAAAUUCGGAGCGCGACGCCCGUAGCACCCAAAGGCACGCACUGUAGAGGAGCUGCUCCGGGCGGCUUUCACCGCUGCGCGGCGGCAUCCCGUGGUCGGCGCUCGGGUCCCUGCCCGAGCACUUUCCCUCGCCGCCGCUGCCUGCGCCGCUGCCUCCGCCGCCACCACAGCGAGAGAUCGUUCGGCUCGGCUCGGCUCGGGUCCGCGCGCGCCGCUGCUCGCUACUUUCGCCGAGGCGCACGACCAAAACGACGUAGUCGCGCUCGAGAAAUCGGCCGCUCGCGAACCGCAAGCUCAUCGCCCGUAACGAGCUUCCGCCCGGCCGCAGCCGAGCGUGACUGGCUCUUCGCUUUUCACUUGGCGCGGAAAAACCAAGCGCGCCGUUUUUCCUGCCUCUUGAUCGACGAGUGCGUUGGCCCGCGCGCCGACGCUGCGCUGGAACGGACUUUCCAAUCCGCGGAUCUUUCGGCUCUUUCGGCUCCGGGGAACAGCCGACGUUAAGGGAUCGCCACGCGCUGCAGCGGCGCGUGUUUGUCGGGCACACUGUCGGUCGUCGUCAAGUGGCUGCGGAGUGCAAAGUGUAACGAGCCACGCGCGACAAGGAGACGCGGAAGAGAGCUCGAGCGCAAAUAUUUGAGCCGCGCCAACCGAGUGCAGUGACGAGAGUUUGCCCCGUGACGACUCGCUGCUUGCCGCUUGGACGCGCCGAGCACGCAAACAGCGCCGGCCAUCCGUCGGACAGAGGUCGAGGGCAUGGAGAGCCGAUCGGAAAGGUCGCGGCGACGCUCGGCGAGGAUGCAGAGCAGCAACGGUCGGCGCAGUGAGCAGCCGAGCAAUCGAGCAGUCGAGCGCCAAGUGAGAGCCGAGCAACGGCGGAGAGAAAGAGACGAAAGAGACGGCGCGCAGCCGUGGGCAUGCCUUUCUCUCGUUGCCCGCUAUUUUCACGCGGCACAGUACGCUUCGAGGCAGCGGCGGUGGCAGCGGUGGCGGCGGCAGCGGCGGCGGCAGCGGCGGCGGCAGCGGCAGCCAGACGCGCCGCAUUCGCUGCUGCUACUUCUCAGUUGCAUGAGAGUAGAGCAGAGUUAAAGGGGCCGCCAGAUCGCGACGAAGCGCCAUUAGAAUCUCGAGGAUGAAGCCGCGCGCAUCGGCCUCGUGCCCCCGGCCAGUUGCCCGCCGCGGCUGACCGCCUCCGAGGGCUUUCGCUUCUUCAUCCAGAGAGAGAUAGGACACGAGCGAACCGAUGGUGUGCAAGUUUUCCCACGCCAUGGCGGCAUCCGGCUUCAAGGACGGCCAGUCGCCACUCAAGGCCGCGGACUUUGACUGCGAGUCGGACGCCCUGGACGAGCGUAUGCGGCUGCUGCUGCGGGAGGGCGCCGGCACGCCGGCCGACGACGAGGCGGACGAGCUGCGGCUGCCGGACUACUACGACGCGCGCAAGUUCCGGCUGGGCCAGCAGGCCUUCUACAACAA